UACGUGAGCGAAGACUAACUAUUUAUACAUGUGUCAGCGAGUUCACAUUGUGCCUUCAUAAGUGCCCAAUAUUGUCAUAGAUAGGCUGUUUAGAGGCAACGGUAAUAUUGUUCCGCCUUAUCUUUAUUCUUGGCCGCUGCAUUCAGUGAUUUCGAUACUUCUAAUACUACUGCUGCAAAACGUAAUUUUGACGGGUUGUGUGCUCGCACAUGCCACCUUAUACUUCCUGUCAGUUUAAUAUCUCCGUUUCCAUACAUGACACGGUCCGUGGGAAAGACCAUGUAAGAAAAUGUACUGAAGCUUCUCCUUACAUAUUUUUUUUUUUCGUGAAAUAGUCUGUGGAGCAACAGAAUAGCUUCUCACAAGGGGGUUGCUCAGCGAGAGAAUAUAAACACGAUCACGCAAGUGUAUCGCGUCCUGCGCUCGAACUUUUCUUGUUCCGGCGCUUACACAUGGCUUCGAUAUGCCAGCACCCUGUGGUAUCGCCUUCGUUUCGUGUCCCUUUCCCUAGCGCCAGUUCGCUUAUAUAUAGUUGGACCGGCGACGUUCCUUGUUCGACCACUGCAGUUAGUUCAAGCCUUCACUUUUCUGCGAAUUUCUGUCUCCUUUGCAGCGCAUUCGCAGUUGGAGAAGGAACGCCUCGGAAUACGCCCUGCCUCGCUUAAACAACAGCCUUUCCCGUUCUUCGCAUCGCCGCACGACAGGGUCCACGACCGGCGGCGGUCGCGACAAGCCUCCAAUAAGGCGGAGACAGGCACCGCUCGCAUAUCGCUAGGAAACGUCUCCAGGCGGCGCCACCAUCCGGACUGCCCUCGCCCUCUCCGAAGUCGAGAAUUCACUCUCUCCCGCGGCCCGUCCCCCGCCGUCGCCGCUCGGAGCACGCCGGUGUGAGUGCGCGCACGAUUCACUCGCGGGCCGCUUAGUCGAGUGCGGGACUCUCGCGCUGCGCCGAGUCCUCUCCGAGAAGCAUGGCAUCGACCGAUGCUGCCUCGCUGCUUCCCGAGAACCUCUCGCUGGGCGGCGGGCACCCCGCGCAGGGGUCCUCGUACCUGGGGGGCGACAGCCGGGGUUCGUCGCCCUGCGGUCCGGACCUGCCGCCGCCCCUGCCGCCGGCGUUCAACGCGGCCGCGCUCUGCGACCAGUUCUGCUCGGUGAUCAACGGCUUCCGCGGCGGACUCGACCCGCUGUCGUCGGCCGCGGCAGCGGCGGCGCGACUCAAGAGCCCAUCGCGGUCGGUCGCCGCGGACGCGACCGACUGUCGCCUCAUCGAGUACCGUGGCGAGAAGGUGGCGGCGUUCGCGUACCGCGGCGAGUAUCUGCUGUGCCUGCCGCAGGCGUUCGAGCUGUUCCUCAAGCACCUGGUUGGAGGCCUGCACACCGUUUACACCAAGCUCAAGCGGCUGGGCAUCAGCCCCAUCGUGUGCAACGUGGAGCAGGUGCGCGUGCUGCGCGGACUGGGCGCCAUCCAGCCCGGCGUGAACCGGUGCAAGCUGCUGUCGUGCAAGGACUUCGACUCGCUCUACAAGGACUGCACCACUGCCAGACAACAGACGGGAGAAGGACGAAGAGCAUCACUACCGGGUCGACCACCGAAGCGUGCCUCCCUGGUGGGCCUCGGCGGUCGCUCGGGCUACCCUCCGCUGCUCAAGCCGGGAGGCGAGAUGGACUACGACGCGGCCAUCAAGUCCGAGAACGUUCGUUGCGCGGAGGAAGCAGAACUGAACAUCCCAGCCGUGUUAUUCAAGAUGUGGAGCCAAGGUGCCCGUCCGGCGGUGCCCUCGGACAAGAUGUCGGCGAGCAGCGCGGCGGCCGCGUACCAGGCGGCGCUGGGCGUGUCAUCCAUGGAGCAGCAAGCCCUGGGCAUGCUGGGCCUGAGUGCACAUGGCGCUGCCCACCCGUCGGCCACUGCCGCUGCCGCAGCGGCCGCCGCCUACCAGAGGCACCUGCUCGCCGGGGGACUGGCGCUGCCGCUGGCCGCCGCAGGCAUGGUGCAGCUGGGACGUCCCGUCAGCGGACACGAGAAGCUCAGGCAACAGCAGCACCAACAACAACAGCAGCAGCAGCAACAGCAGCAUCAGCAGCAGCAACAACAACAAGCCCUGGCACACGGGCUGGACCUGUGCAGCCCCAGAAACAGCGACGAAUACGGCGAGAAGGAGAAGAUGCGUGGGACGGACCCGAACCGAAGAUCAAUGAGUCCAGGAUGGCCUCCGGGAGAACACGACCUUGGUUCGGCGCUCAACUUGUCUCAAAGUGGUGGAAUGCCGCCGCGUGACAGAGACUCCGCCGACGGCCACCAGAGGGCGAGGGAUGACGACGAAAUGCAGGCGGAGUCGGACUACGCCGACGACCGGGAGCAAGGCGACCUGAGCGGCGAGGACUCGGAAGCGAGCCUGUCGAGCUCCGGCGGCGGAGGCAUGAAGCGCAGCUCGUCGCAGGACGGCGAGGCGCAGCUCUUCAUGGAGCGGGCCGGUCUGCUGGCGGCACGGGGCAUGGGCUCCGUCGAGACCCUCCUGCAGAACAUCCUCGGCUUGCUCAAGGUGGCCGAGGAGAACGCCAGGCAACAGGAGCAGCAGGUCCACAUGGAGAGAGCGGAACUAAAAGUGGAAAUCCUUCGUGAGCGAGAACUCAGAGAAGGCCUUGAGAAGAAACUUCAGGAGGAACAAACCAAACGAGUGUUCUACCAGAAACGGCUUCGACGUGAGAAGCGCUGCCGGCGCCAGGUGCAAGACCAGCUGGAAGGCGAAGUCAAGAAGAGGGCCCGGUGUGAGGAAGCGCUCCGCUCCACGCUCGUGGAGUCGCAGCAGACGCCCAAAGAAACAUUGCAGGAUGAAAUCAAGAGCGAGGAUACUAUCGCCAUGGAGUCAGACAACAGUGUUAAGAGCCGAUAGGUCUAGCGACACCGACGUGCAUCCGCAGUCUAAGAGCACGCUAUGGAACUAGCCGGAGGCAGUGGCUCAUCGAGCGCGAAGGACAGCGUCGACAACGUACGAGUCUUCGAAGCGACGCCAAUUCUCCGAUCUCGUCGACAUAUCGACUGGACAGCAGUGCGUGCAGCCAUAUCAAGACUGGUUCUUGUGCGGAGACGAGCCAGUGCGUUUUCUUUUUUUUUCUUCUUCGUUUUUAUUUUUUGUUCUUGUGCGAUGGUGGUACGGACAGCGCGAGCAGUGUAUCUCUCGCCUUGCUGCUGUUGCCAUCAGAUCGGACACUCUGCAGAUACCUUGCCCACUGAGAACAUCCGGGUUCACACCGCAUAACAACGAGUUCGCUGCACCAAACGCUAUCAUCACCGCAUGAUGACUGACUGACUGACUGACGGACUUGUGUCGAUUCGCUGCUGGAACACCGGGGCGAAUAGCUGACUCUGUCGCCCGCAGUGAACUCUUGGUGUGUUCGUGUGUGUGUGUGUCAACUUGGAGUAAGCGUCACGCUGCCUUGGUCAAAAGAGGCCGGAAAAUGCGUGAUCCGCUAUAGCUGAGAGUAGAGGGCGUUGUUCACAGUUGUGUGCGUUGGUCAAUAUAGCGAAGGUCUACUGUAGCGCUUAUAAAAGACGUAAAAGACACAUUAUGAGCUAACUUAAGCAUACGUUCUGUCACUCGCACUAAGGGUUAAGCAGCGAGAACAGUUCGCGGCGCGUGACACAAGUGCGUGUUUACGGAGCCAACGUCACCUCGAGACGCACCACCGAUUCUUGGACAAUUUUCACUCGCGAAAUACCUAACAUACGAACGGUAUGAGGCCCGCAAACGCGAGCGGUGUGGCGGCAUGCAGUAUUUGACCGCACAUUCGAUUGCAGAUCACGUGUUUGUGUGUGCUGUAACAACUCUCGAUUGUGUCUGCACGGUGUUCCACUGGUCGUGAAACUUGACGAGGGCUUAACAAAGACAAAGAAGUAGAGUAGUUAUAUACUGCACUGUGUUUCGACGUGGAGGCGUUUCAUUUUCGCCAUGAGACACUUGCCGUAAAGGCAUGUGCAUUUUUUUGCCGGUGACCCAAGCAGAAUAUCUAGCUUGGACAAUAAUUUGUAUAUUUAUUCUCUCCGUAUUCCUCGCUGGAUUCUAAGAGCGAAUACUUGAGUCACGUAUAGAACUUCGAGAUGUUCAACGUUGCGCUGGCAUCGCUGAAGUGUGUAGUAAGGCCAACUGGUUUUCAUGUGUGUGUCUGUUCUGUUUGUGUUCAGUGUUCUAUAAACCUUGAGAAUCUGAAACACGGACUCGAGUUAAGUGCUGAAUGCUUUGUACUCACAGAAAAGAAAACAAUGCUGGCUGAACACACUUUCCAUGCUUAGAAACACUGAGUACAACGAAUAAGCAGGCCACGUAUAAAGUAGCAGUAUUAUAGCGGAAAUGAGCAGUGUGUUUUCACAAUUAAAUGUGAAUGUGUUUAAAAAUAACUAACAAGACAUCCACCGGUGUUUCAUGCACCUAUGUGUUAGUGGUCGUGGCUACAGUGCUGCAGACCGAAGCACGGGAUGCUGAGGACUCCACGUACUCACUCACUGCUUAUGGAACCUUUAUGCGAUACGCAAUAGGCCAAUAACCUGUCAAUAGACAGCACUGCAACUCAGUUGUAUCUUGACCCAGUCUCAAUGCUAUUAAGUUGCAGCAAAUCCUCCAAUUCGCGCUUGCUGUAGGUUGAGCAGAGGUCAACCAUAGUUCUUAUAUUCGUUUGUGGAUAGUUAAGCUGACUUGUGCUGCUGCCGUUAGCCCAAGAAGUACGCCUAGGAAGUGCUGGAAGAAUGGAAGGCUAUUAUCAACAUUGCCAUUGAAACAUCAGCCUUGAGCUGCUUAUCUUUCCGCCGAAUUCGCCCUUGGCCCGUUAGAUCCGUGAUUCCUGGUAUCGAAACAUGGAAUAUUCGAUAAAUAUUUUCAUACGUGAAAAUGAUUGCGCUUGCAGCGCCACACUUUCUUUUUUUUUUUUUUUUUUGCGCGUGUGUCCCAAGUUUUCCGGUGGACAGAUAAUGCUGUAUCGCGAACAGUAGUCACCUUGAGUCGUUUCAUUUCUCUAACAGCAAGCUAUACAGCUUGCGGAGCCUUGUGAAAGUCACGCGCACUUAGAUUUAUGAACACGUUAAAGCCUUUCAGGUUUAUAAAACGAACCCGGAGCUCUCCGAUAUAGCGCCCUCUCAUAUGGUGCCUGUUGCAUACCUUUUAAACUUAAAAGACCCCACAAGUGAACUAGUUGGAAACAGAAAAGACUUACCUGCCGAACUCUCUCCGUAAUAACUUGCUACUUCACACGUAACGGCGUAAGAAGGCUACGUGAGCUCCAUCGCAACUUUGGCAAUUUCAAGCGCACAGUGAAGCUAUCAUCGUACGUAGGAACAUCGUUUAGAUGCUCUGUACCAUCAAGCAUCACUAUAAAUUGAAACAAGAACAGGAAAUAACUGACCAGAACACCUGUUAGAGCAAUAAUUAUAUGAAUGGGCAAAAUGUACUUCCGCUCUGCAGCUAGUUUCUAAACGUGGAGCAGUCCCGAGUGUACGUUUCUUUCUUUAUUUUUUUUUUUUUAGUCUGAAUUUGACCAGUGUUACAAAAACUGGUGAACGUGGAAGCGGAACAAUACAUUGGAGUAGUUCCGGAAUUGUUCGCGUUUGUAUUUGUGGCAUUUUAUGCCUAUAGUACUUGAGAAACGGAGCGCUGCACUGGCAGACACUGAGAAUAGAGCGUCCAUUCAUCUUUACCUAUAGUUCCUCUCCGCUCCCCUGCAUGACGGAUACUGACAUUGUAGUAGCAACUGCUACAGGCGGUGACUGAGGCAGAGAAAGAAGCGCGGUGGCGCAGAAUGCACGUACAAGCCACACCGCAAAGGUUCGGUAAAAAAAAAAGAAACGUUCAACUUCGAUUCUCAGUUCUCGUCUCUGCCUCGCCCCACCGUAGUUGCAGUUUCAGCCACCGCUAGGCGGUAGCCACUACAACUUUUUUAACCAACCCAUCACCACAAUUCGUAAGAAAAUAACUCGAUCUCGACACCUCCCCCCUCCCCCGCCUCCCCCACUUUUCCAGCCUAGGCGGCCAGAAAUGAGCCACGGAUAACUUGAGUUCGCGGCGAGGUUCGCGGCACCCGGCCCUUUGUAGCACGCAAGGAUAUCUGGUACAUGACUUUCACAGCAAGCAUGACUCAGUGCUUCAGUGGGAACAGGACAAUAAAAGUGAAACAGACUUGA